UUCGAGUUCGACCGCGUCUUCGCCGGCGAUUCGGAAGAGAAUUCCCAGCAAACGGUCUUCGCGGACGUCAAGUCGCUCGUGCUGUCCUGCGUCGACGGCUUCAACGUCUGCAUCUUCGCCUACGGCCAGUCCGGCUCGGGCAAGACGUUCACGAUGGCCGGCGCGGCGUCGAUCCGCGAGGCCAUCGACGUCGAGACCUGGAACCUGGCGCCCCUGGCGGGCAUCAUCCCGCGGUCGGCCGUCGAGGUCUUCCGCAUGCUCGAGGAGCGGUCCGCGCUCGCGGCCUACGAGGUCGAGCUCAGCAUGUACGAGCUCUACCGCGACUCGCUGCGGGACCUCUUCGCGGCGCCCGUGCGCAAGGGCGCGAAGCCCGUCGCGCUCAACGUCAAGCUCGCCCAGUUUUCGGACUCCGGCCUCGUGCAGGUCGAGGGGGGCGUGACGCGGCGGGUACAGUCGCUCCCGGAUUUGGUCGCCGCGCUCGAGGCGGGGCUCGAGGGCCGGUCCGUGGCCCACACGGAGCUGAACGCGGAGAGCUCGCGGUCGCACCUCAUCGUCACGCUCGUCCUCAAGUCGACGAACCACCGGAGCGGCCACGUCGUCUGCGGCAAGCUGACGCUGGUGGACCUCGCGGGCAGCGAGCGCGUCGAGAAGAGCGGCGUCGCCGGCGACAAGCUCAAGGAGGCCAUGUGCAUCAACAAGUCGCUCUCCGCCAUCGGCGACGUCAUCAACGCGCUCUCCUCGGGCCAGAAGCACGUGCCCUACCGGAACCACCCCCUGACCAUGCUCAUGUCCGACUCCAUCGGCGGCUCGGCGAAGACGCUCAUGUUCGUCAACGCGAGCCCCGCGGACACGCACGUGUCCGAGACCGUGUCGUCGCUGACCUUCGGGUCGCGGUGCAAGCGCGUCAAGAACGCGAGCAACGCCAACGGC